AAGACAGUUCCCAGGCAGCAGCAUGGGAUCAGUGCAGGCAUCCCGCUGUAACUGGAAGCAGCUCUCUUGGAUUAUAACAAGGACAAUUUAAAAAGGAAACUUACAGAGACACACACACCUACUUCACAAUGGGGAGCGGUUUAUCCUGCAUUCCUCACCAAAACUUAAAAUACUCCAGUAAGAGCUACAUACGGAGGAAAAGCAGCCAGCUGUUUCGGAAGAAGAACCCGCAGGAGGGGCAGGUUAAGUCCAACAGCAUCAUCAACAUUCUCUGCACAGUCACCCCGAGAAAGGAGAUGUCCCCCAAAGACCUAAAGGAGAUCGAGAACAUAAAAUGGGAGCCCCCGUACGACCCCUCGAGUGGCUGGAAGAAGAGCAGCACGAGUGUGAAGAACUACGGGAGGAUGAUCUACAGCUCGAAAGUGCGCUUCCGGUUCCUGCACUGCCAGGAUAUCCAUGACUGCUACCUGGAUCUAUUCCAGACACACCUUCAUUUUCUAUCCAACAACACCACCGGGUUAACGUACCAGGGGACUCUCCCGCUGAAGGACCUCACCAUCUGCAAACUGCAGGGCAGCUGCGGCGAGGCCGGCGACCCUGCCUUCCAAAUCGACGGCGUCGGCUUGAACCCCAUCAUCGUCUACUGUGCUGGUGAGGCGGAGCUGGAGACGUGGUUCGGCCAGAUCAAGGAACAGGUGGAGCUCAACGGGGGCACCGUCGCCUCACCCAAAACAGAGGGGUGCAUGAGGAGCAAGAAACCCAGAGACGAGAGCAACGUCAGGGAAGAGCUGAGAAACUCGGUGAAAAACGAGCCGAUUUACGAGUGGGAAGGGUCCCAGAGAGAGUCGCUGGGCCCCAUCACCUACGUGACAAAGGCACAACUGCAACACCUGCCGUGCCAGGAACAGUACGAGAGACUGCUGGUCUUGUACCCCACUACACUCAUCAUCCUGUCUGACGAAAGCAACGGACUCUUCUACAAGGGCAAGCUUCCCCUGAACAUGAUCUCCGUUUCCACGUGCGGCCAGAAGCCAAACUCCUUUAGGAUUGAAGGGAAACUGAUUAAUCCCAUAAUCGUAUCCUGUCUGGAUGAAUGCGAGUUCCAUGACUGGAUUUGUCACCUCAUCGCUUCCCACGUCCCCGUGCAGGGGCCUGCGGCGCCUGUCUAUGACAUCAUCUACACGCCGACCAAGAAAGAGGCUCCAGAACUGGACCCAUGGAGCCGCAGGAACAGCCAGGCUGCGGCCGGGCCAGAGCAGCUGAGAAACUCGCACACCAGCAGGAACUCCUCCGAGCUGCCCUUCCGAAACCAACCGGACCAGCUGCCCUUCCAGAGCCAUCCGGACCAGCUGCUGUCUCCAGGAUACACAGAACCGCUAUGUUACUCCUCGAGUCGCCCCGCCUCCUCGGAGCUGCGCCACAGCAGGCGGCUCAGCGGCAGGAGCAGCAGCAUGUCGUCCGCGGUGAGGCCCGCGCUGGGCGUCCGCCCGCCCUCCGCCCACUGCUCCUCUCCCACCCGCAGCUCCCACAACUCUGCCACCAGCCCCCCGUCCUCCGUCUACAACCUGCCCUACAUCCCCCUGGGGCCGGAGGGCGCCCUCCCUGUGCAAGACAAACUGCCCCUGGUCAAGUCUAACAGCUGGAGCACACCACAGACGUCGAUAAAAUACCAGCCUUCGAUCCCUCAAAGGCACUCUGACCUGUGUGCACCACGCCAGCCCCUGUCCCCUCUGUAUGACGACCCCUACACUCCAGGGAAAUUCCUCGAUGAGGACAAUUACCUGAAACCUGCAUUUGCUGGACAUGACAGGGGUGUGGCAGGGGGUCAGCAGGGCUGCUCUCAGGCCUUGCCCCCCUCCUUCAGGCUGUGCACCCCACCUCAGGGCCGGCGGAAGAGGAACACGCCCGCAGAGGGGCAGGAGGCGCGGGGCGACCAGUGGGUGGCGGCACAGCGCGCCGAGGCCGUGUCCAAGCUGAAGCUGCUACCAGCUCCCACCGUGAUGCUGGGUUACGACAGCUCGUCGAAAAUCUAUCCAUUACUCCACCAGCAGAUGCCGAGAGAUUAUUUACUAGAUGAAAGUGCUUACCUGAAACCAGCAGAGCCAGACGAUCAGGAUAUGGAUUAUGAUAACAUCUGGGAUUUCGACUCGGAGCAGAAUAUGAGUCACCCUCUUGGAGCGAUCGCACCAGGCCGGACGACCGUCGAGCUGGGAGGGAGAGACGUCAUCUCAAAGUCAACACACAAGAGGUGGUCCUGAAGGCAGCAAAACUGGCUGUGAGCUGAGUCACUGCUCUGUAACUCAGUCAGAGCGCAGCCACUGGAACGGACUACUUUUUUUAAAAAAAAAACUAUUCAGGCUCUACAGUUAUUAUUAUUUUCUCUUCUACCAAGUAUCCACUCCAUGCGGAACGCCAUCGGGUCCCGUCUCAUAGCAGAGACCACUGUGCCCAGCUCAUCACAUUGCUUGUGCUAAUUCUCAAUUACCAAUGGAGUGGACUGGCCCUAACCCAGCACAGGACAUCCCAGUGCUGGUGACCCCUGUAUCUGAUGUCUUUACAUUCCAGCUGUACUCUUGGUUGGUCAGUUUAGCCCUUACUUGAACUAAGACUGUGAUUGAUUAGACCACGGUCUCAAGCUCAUGUCUCCUGUUUUAUCGGGUUUUGCUUGGAUAACGGUAAUAUUUCAAACCAGACUCUGAGAUGCUGUAUAAGAUAAAGUUAUCUUCAAUUAGGUGAAUGUUUUAAGCAAUCAGUCAUAACAGACCAUAAGAAAAAGUCUGUAUUGUUAACACCUAACUGCUACUGGGCUAAUUGUUUAACUGACUAUUCAGCUUGGAACAAAAAUCACAAGAUACUUGGGUCACUGAUCUAGCGAUUGACCGACACUUUUGGGGUAGAACAUUUUGAUGGUUUGUUGCUCCUGAAAAAGUCUGCUGCUUUUCCUAAAAAAUAUUUCUGCAGAACUGGGAACAAUUCAGAGGUGUCUAGUUAGCCAAUUCUGAGAUAAUCCUGGGGUUCAAUUAAAUCACCGAGAGCUCAAGGGCGAGGCUGCAGUUUAAAAACUACUUUCAAUUUAGAAUAAUUUCAAUUCAUAAAGGCACUGGUUUCUAUUUAAUCUUUUUAUCAUUUAUGAAUAAAUCAGGAAAACGCCCAUUAAUAUACUGGAAAACCACGACAGAAAUAUGAAAAAAAAACAUUUAUAUAUUUCUUUCAUAAGAAAGCAGACUUGAAUCUAAGCCAAAGUCAUCUCCAUUGUAUGAAUUUCAAACAUAACACAAGUUUUCAAGGAGAUUAUGUAGUGCAGUUGAAUUUAAUUAUGGCAUUACAAAUAUGUGAACUAUGCUGUUUCCCUCUGUUGUAACACACAUUGUCUAAUUGCUGUAGUCAGUAUGUAGCAUUUCACACACUGUAGGUUCUAUGUAAAUGUAUUUCAUUUACUGAUGUAUCUUGCUGUUACCUAAUUUAUGUGACAGAUUUCAGAUGCUGAGGAUUAGUCGGGAUUUAGGUCUAUUUAUUUGGAGAUGUAGGAGUUAUCAGUUACAAGGUAAAUUCAGCACAUUUUUUUUAAAAGAAAACGCUGUCAGGGUACUGACCAGUGAUCUGUGAAAUGUGCGACUUUCUUUUUCUGUGGUUUUAACUUUGUUCUGCACUGUUCUUAAUCAUGGUCCUGCUUUGUACCUCGCUGCUGUCGAGAUAAAAGCUUUAAAGUACAAGAACGCCAUUACAACUGUAUAAUCUAUGUGCCUUGUAAACCUGUUUUUUAACUGUAAAUAUAUGUUUUAUAACUGCUUUGUACAUAC